CUGCUCGGGCGGCCCCGGGAUGGCGGCGUGAGGCGGCGGCUCCGCGCCAGACAGGAAGCCCAAAGCAAUUGCCUGGAGGCACUGGAAACUAGAGCUUCAAGAAGAGGUGACACAGACUGCCACAGAAGUCCAGCUGAUGGAACUUAAACCUGGAUCUAGCAAAAACGUGACGUGGUGUUUAUGCAGUGAUUUUUAGUGCUCAGUAUUUGGAGAACUUGGGAGGAAAAGAUUGCAAGAAACUUCAGGGAGGGAACAUUUCAGGAGGAUUAAGGUGGCUGCAGAUCAAUGAUUUGGUACAACUUUGUUGCAUUCAGUGCAAUCUGAACUAAAAAGUUGGGUGGUGGGGUUUAAUUACCUUCACAUUCAAAUAUUUGUUGUUAAAUCUUUUCUGUCUAUUCUUCCCCCUGGAAAAAAAGUUCUCCAAUACUUGUGCAGUGUGUUUACUCCAGAAACAUCUGAGCAAUUCACAAAGGCCAUGUUUUGGUAUGAAACAAGUAAUUGCUAUUCCCAGCUUAUAGAUGGGCAACAAGGCUUGGGACUAGACUUGCCCUUAAAGAUCCAAGUGAAUGACCUGCAUAAAACAGGACUAACAUGGGGAGCUUUAUUCCUGUGAUUGGCUUUAUCCCUAGUGCAGUGUAAAAUAACCCUUUGGUUCCUGAGCUGCAGUUUGGUUUUACUACCUGAAUUUGGGCUGCCCUUUCUCUACUGGAGAACACUCUCCUGCAGGAGCAGCAGCACAACCCACCUCUCCCAAUAAUCUGUUUGUGCUGCUGGGGAUGUUGGCCUGUAUUCUCUUAGUGCCAUUAAAAUAAAAUAAUUCCUGCUGCUCAGCACACGGCGAUGGCAGAGUCCUUCCUGCUGCUGACAGCAGAGCCCAGUCUGACCUCAGUGUUCUUCUGGAAGAGAACCAUGUGUGGUUUUCUCUUGGCUUUUCUGUGCAAUCCCUCAUUCUCCCUCCCUCUGCCAGGAAAUCCCUUCUCCUGCCAACAGGAGCCAGUGGAAUGUGCUGUUUGUUUACCUUCUCACUCCUUCAUCCUACUAACCUUCCCACCCCCAAGCUGUAAUCCUGACAGGCUGGGCUCAGCCCUUCAUCCUUCUGACAGAGCAGUGCCCCACUGAGUAUUUGCAGAUAAAGGGAUUGCUGCCAGGAGCCGUGCUGACCACACUCUCCUUGUGGGGGUGAGCCACGCCAUCCUGCAAGGCUGUCCUCUUGCCUUUCUGUGCCCUGGCUGGCAGCUGCUUCCUGCAGUGUUGCUGCCUGUCAUCAUAAAGAGCUAUAGGACAGCAGGGAAGAACAUGCUUCCCAGGCUCUUCCCUUUUCCAGCAUUCCCAGGCAUGGUUUUUCCCCUUUUUGGGGCAAUAAGGUAGAAGUACCCUCUUCUCAUGGGUUUACUGCACAAACUGAAGGGUAACUUCCAGUUAGUCCCUCCCAACCAUCUGUAAUUCUUGAAGAUGCUUGUGCUGCUUCAGAAGCAAAAACAAAUCCACACUCCUAGUGUAGGGUAGGUGGUUGCUAAAGGAAGGAGCAGGUUUUCUGGACUCAUAGUGUGCUGCCAUCCCUGCUUAGGAAAGCCCUUAAAGCUCAGUUUUUCCACAGGGUUUUAUAAUAAUCCAAGUGAGGAAAUCCUGUGUUUACAGCACUUAUGGAAAUUGCCAUUUUGAGCCUCUCCCCCCUUUGAUCUGUUCACAUACUUUGUCUUAUCUGACUUUAGCUGUUUGGCAAGGAUUAUAGAUCCUUAGGCAUGGACUGUCCUCCCCUUUGUUUUGAAGCCUGGACUCUACCAGGGCUUUCCUGGGUGGCUACAUCUGGAGUGCUGUGCUGUCCUGCUGGAAGACUUUAUUGUCUGUGCCUGGGAGGAAGCAGUUUGUGUGCUGAACAAUUCCUAGACAUUCCUACACUAGUGCUUCCUUAGCAUUUCUGUGGCACCCAGUACUUUAGCCCUCAGUUGCCUUUGUUUUUCCUCUCGCUCAGGUCUGGGGAUGGCCGUGGAUAAAAACGUGUAGGAAGGCUGUGGCAGCUUCUUUGCCUUUCAUUUCCCCUUCUCCCUUUCUGUUCCUGCCCUGUGCUAAAAGGGUCUCACCAUUGUUAGUCUGGGUAAAAGCCUCAGAAACAGAGCACACAGGAUACACUUCUACACCAGCAGUAGCUAAUCCUGCCCCCAGCUGAGUGGUUCAGAAAGCAGGAAACUUUCCACCAGCUCCAAGACACACCAGAAUUUAGUACUGGGAGGUCAAACAUCAGCCUAUGAUGCUUGGGAGUAAAUGAAGCUGUAUAAGAAUGUCAGUUGAUUUUUUUUUGCUGUAUUUCUCUGACAGUCUGACAUUUUGCCCUCCCUACAGACAGGCUGCCUGCUGGAGGAGUUGCUGGAGACUGUUCUGGAGCAUAUCCUGCUGCUGCCACGAGACCCCAGCCAGCCACAAUGUACUGCCUGCAGUGGUUGCUCCCUGUCCUGCUCAUACCCAAGCCCCUCAACCCGGCCUUGUGGUUCAGUCACUCAAUGUUCAUGGGAUUCUACCUGCUCAGUUUUCUCCUGGAACGGAAACCUUGCACGAUUUGUGCCUUGGUCUUCCUGGCAGCUCUAUUCCUCAUCUGCUACAGUUGCUGGGGGAACUGCUUCUUGUAUCACUGCACAGGAUCCCAGUUGCCGGAGUCAGCUCACGAUCCCAGCAUAGUGGGCACCUAGAAAACCACAACCUUCCAGUCUGCUGAGGGCUCUUGUGUGGCUUUUAAAUAGGGGGUGGGGCUGGGGAGGAGGGGGGUGUUAGGUCUGGGACUGGAGUAAGGACAGCCUGUUUCCUGUAACUGUGCGUGGACUAGAGUGGCAAAUUCCUCCCACUCUGCCUGUGAAAUCCGACUCGUUUACUGUGUGAACUCUGGCAGCACCACCUGCUUUUUUAGAAGCAGAAGUCUUUUUUUCCUUCCCGUAUCACCGGGAACAGACACCAGCCCUCCCAACGAGAACUGCUGAAGGCCUGAGCCACCUGCCCUGCCCAGCUGGUGGCACUGGUGGAGCUGUGUGUCCCUGGUCUGCAUUAGGUGGUCUAACUCGGGGCUCUCAGCCCUCUGAUCCUGCUCGAGCAGCUACAAGGUUCUCUUUGUGGGGAGCCACCUUCCCACCUUGCCGAUCCAGGGCAAAUGUGACAGCUCACAGAUGUGCUUGGCCAAAAGCUGCUGAGGCCAGAGGCAGUUGAGCCACCUCCUCCUGCUCAGCCUGCCAAAGAGAUGUGUGCACUGCCCAAGUGCUUUCUGAACUCCAAAUGCUCCGAGAUGAUCCCAGCCUGAAAGCCUCAGUUAUGCUGCUGCUUUUAUAAAGCUCACAGGCAGCAGAGACUCUCUCUUCCCCUCCUCCUAGAUGUCCAGGGUUUACCAAGGUAUUGACUGUUGGGAUGAAGAACUGGUGUGCUGCAAGACACGGGGUUUUAGAAGCCAAUGUGAACUUCACCCUACAAAACCUGUGCUAGCCCAGAAGGCUGGGUGUGGGCAGGGCAGGAGAGGGUCCCGAGGUGGAGGCAUGGCUUGAAGCACUAAGUGCUGCAGCCAUUUUCAGUGAUAGUGUUUUGGGGCUAGAGGUGACAGAAGGUGCUGGUGCUACUGACUGGAGAAGUGCUGAGGCUGGAAAGACACCUGGUAUCCCCAGCUUCCCUGGCAGAAGGAUGUCAAGCAGCCAAAGUGGUGGUGGGUCAGGCCCAAAGCCUGGGGCAGAGGUUGGUUUGUGAGAAGCCUUAGAGGUUGACACAAAACACUUGUCUCUAAACUUUAAAGGUUUCCCUCCCCUUUGCCCUGUGUUUGUCCUUCCUUCAAUCUGCUGGAGAGCAGCAGAAGUGGCUGUUGCUGUCCUGAGGCAGUUCAAGCUAUGAGGUUGUGAAACUUCCAGAGUAUUGUUUGUUCAUUGCACAGCUGUUCAAAAUGUUUAAUAAAGCUUUAUAAACUUUGGUC